CUUCCCGCUCUGCCUCUCUCCCUCUCUCACAACGCGCCCUCUCUUCCCAACGUCUUUGCUGCCUGAGAGCCACACGAAUCGCUGCAAACCGUGUUGCCUUGCCAUGAUAAGUAUAUAAGCUCAGGCUCCCUCCUUCCUUCCCGUCGUCGAUGGUUCUGCCCUCUCUGUUCCUUUCAGGCGACUCGUCAUUCUGCCUUUCGUUUCACUCAUCGACGGCAUUCAACUCCAUCCCAUCACAUCAACAUGUUUAGAUCAAACAGCACUCGCAACCCAAGCUUCUCGAAGCGGGUAGACAAAUCGUCAAAGAAACAGCGCUCUUCGUUCCAGACGCCGUCCAAAUCUAGACGUCUUGAGCAUGCUGCCUCAGCCAUGGAAUCCGUCGUUCACACAAGCCCGGCUCAGCAGACAUCACCUUCUCUGACCUCGCCCAUCGUCACAAUCUGCGUCGGCCGCGAGCAGCGUCUCUUCGCAGCUCACGAAGAUGUACUUUCUCACUCGCAUUACCUAUCGGCUCUUUGUCGAGCACAGUUUUACGAAUCACCGAAGCGCAUAGAUCUGCCCGAGGAAGAGCCAGAGAUCUUUUCCUGCGUGCUCGAGUACUUGUACAAGGGCGAUUACUAUCCUCGUCUUGAGUACGACAAGCGUCGGCAAUCGUGGCAGCUUGAGGAUGGAACGAGCCCCGACAGGCAGUCUUCGGUCGAAAGCACUGUGUUUCUGAACGGGCAUGGAGUGCAAGUACUGAAAGAUACCGCAGUCUACUGUCUGGCAGAGAAGUUUGGCCUCGCCGAGCUUCAACGCCUUGCUCUCCGGAAGCAAGGGCUGCAGUCUGGAAUCCAGUGCUCUACGAUCCUGACAAGCGCCCGAUACGCGUACGCCAACACGCCGGAACACGACUCAAAGCUGCGGGCACAUUACCUGGCACUGAUCAUCCGCUCGCGACACACAUUCAAGCGCAGUGGCACCAUGCAGCAAGAAAUGGAGCAAGGCGGGAAGCUCUUUUUCGACCUGUUCGUUGCAAUGACAAAUCACAUGGACGACCUCGUCAAAAGUCCACGCCAUUAGGCAACAGAUUGCGUGUCUGCACAUGUCAGUCUCCACGACACGCCGCGCGUUUGAGGCCGCACAAUCUGUGCGUCCAUUUUACGACCCGUUCCGUUUGCUUUUUCUCUUCGCUCCUUGGUCAAACACGUUUUACCCCCCCCCCAAAAAAAGAUACCUCUCAUCUUGGAAACUCACAAUCUGGACCCAAGAGUUCCUGCUUAUCUCGCGUCCACUUCUAUGCGGGAGCUUUUGGUUCCUCCCCGCUCGGCUCUGUUCAUUCUAGAAUACCCUGCACAUUGUAAAUAUCAUCCUCAUGUUCUUCCCGUCUGACAGCUACUUCACGGCGUUAUCUACUGUCUACGAAGUCCUUCAAAGAUCAAUUUGAUGCUCAAAAAUGAGCUAGCUAUGUAUGUAUCAUUAUUAUAUGUCAAGGACACACAUUUCAUGCCUCCGGCUGGCGCGUGGGCGACCUGCUUUUGUGGGCAACGGCCUAAUAUUUGUACAGAGUGGAUUAUAGUUUUCUUUUUGGUAUUUGACUCUGGAAAGACGAGAAAAGUCGAUGGAAUCAGUGAGAAAGCGAAGUAAGGUAUCUUGGAGGAAGAAUACAUUUUUCUUCGGCUUCGGUGCGGUUCGACAGCUCUGUUAUUCUAGCCCAGACUGUAGUCCGGAAUCAACAUUUAAAAAAAAAAGUUCAC